AAAGGAUCGCAAAAAUGACCUAACAACCGACAGGGUAUAAAAAGAAUAAAAGUGCAAUUACUGAGAUUCUAACGAAAAGUGCAUUGUUCCGUCAUUUCUUACCCAUUGUCAAUACACAUGUCAAAUUAUCAUUAGAGUGUAUGAUACAUUGCUUGGGUACUUGGGGAAAAGGUUAAGGGUACAACGGAUAUGCCUGACCCAGACAAAGUCACAAUGUCGAAAACAGCAGUAUUCAACGGAGACUCUGAUGGUUUUUACGAUCCUAACUUCACCAUGGAUAUAAACAGAAGAAUGAGAGUACCUAAAAGUAUCAGAGUUAGUGGAGAUUACUCGGAUGAUGACGCCAGUACCAAUGGCUCUGGCACCUGGAAUCCACCGAUGCAGAAUGACAAAUUCGAUAUGCGCGUUCCUGACAGGAUUCUCGUUACUGGUCAAGAUCAACAUGUAGGCAUGAAAGCUCCUCCGAUCGAAAUGGCCCUGGAGAAAUCAGUGACACAACCCAUAACUCAUGGAAUGGUGAGAGUACAGACUCCACCGAGGGUUUUGACUCUGGGGGACCAUUUCUUCCCAACUGUUGACGACGGUGACAUGGAAAAUUUUGAGAAUGCCUCAGAACUCAACACAACUUUCUCAAAACCUCCACCUUAUGAAAGCGAGACUCAAAUUGCAAGACGUGCUGCAAGGGAGCAAACUCCGAUAUACAGUUCUCUGGACGUCUCUCUUCCUCCGAGCGAAGAGAUACAGCAUCUGCGUCGUCAAGUCGGCAAGCUCAAUCGUCGAGUGAUGGCAGUCGAACUGGAGAUAGUACAUCGCCAGCAGCGAGAUAAAAUUCUCUAUGCCAUUACGAUCGCAUAUUUCUUCUUGAAGGCAUUCAAUUGGAUCAGUAGAAAUUAAAUCCAGACCCAGAUUACGUUUCCCAUUCCUUUCCCAAACACUUUGGACGAUAAGUACUGUUCCCGGGAGGAAAAGGUCAGUUGAAAGUCGUGAAAAUAAUCUCGGAUCAAUGGUCAACACGAUUUAUUUCAUUCAUCACUCGGACAACCGUGUGAAUCCAAAUUUAGAAGGUCUGAUGAUUCACAUUAGGAUUUAAAUAUCUUUAACUUCAUUUACGAUGAGAUAUUAUGAGAGAACGAUGUGUCCUCGGAGGAAAGUGUACGUGAAAAUUUAUCUACAUGAAAUGAAAAGUUUUUCUCAUUUCUUCUGGAGCGGAUUCCUUAAUACCUGAGAAUUUUCUGUGUUCACCUGGAAUCUUUGACUGGUUUUUUUAAAAUUACGUACUCGUAUCCCCCAGGAUAAGAUCAUUCGAGAAAUCACCAUAUUACAAAUGUGGAAAUACGAACAAUAUAUUUCAUUCACUUGUUAGUAAAGUCAAUACGGUAGAUUUAGUUGAACGAUUUUUUGAAAGUGUUGAUUAGUGAAAUUAUAACUGUUCGAACCAUGAAUACUUUAGUAUUCUAAAGUAUCUUUGACGUGGCUUGUAUUAUGUAUAUAACUUCUGUGACUAUUUCCUCCUCUCGCCAUUUUUAGUUGAAUUAACUAUUGUCUGGAGCGUAUAAGUUUUAUUAUAUGCUCACACGAUCCAAGUUCAUUGGUGAUUUGAGAAAAAACGUUGCAGUGACGUUUUUAUGAAUUGAAACGGAUCGAAAUUGGGUAUGUGAUCAGACGGCAUUUGAUUUUUUUUUUCUAUUACACAGCUCGAAUUACAAUUCGUUAAGAUUUAUUAUUUUCAAAUCAUGUUGAUGGUCAUGAAAAGUUUUGAAAAAGGAAAUGGAGAUUCCUAUUUCUUUGGUAUGAAUUAACAAAUUUUUUUUAUUAAUAUUUUCACAUCACAAUCUAUUCCGUUUUCUGGUGACAUUUUCUUCUCGGUCACAAUUAAUUUCGAUAAUACUGAGAAUAUAAUGAUGAAAUACCUAAUGAAUUGAUGUUUAUAAAUUUUUUGCAAACGUGAUUAGGCGUCUGUAAGUUACUGUAUAUUUUUAUCAUAUGGUAUGCAAGGAUUGAAUAAACGAUUCCCUAAAUAAA